UUUGUAUCCCGUGAAUGGCAGCUUUUUGCUGAUAUCCUACAGAAAUCCACUCUCUCUCUCUAACUUUCUCUUCAUCUCUCUCUAAAUUGAACAGAAGGAGAGGCAGCUCUCAUCCCGCGGAACAGGGAUUCUCUGUCUCUUUGGAAGAGACUGCCUUUCUUCCCAACCAAACAGGAAUAAGGCUCCACAACUAACUCAUCAAAAUGCUACCAUCACCAUCCAUCUCCUCCAUGUCGCUUCCUCUCCUGCUUCUUCUUCUCCUACUACUCUUUUCUGGGAUCCCCAAUGCUGCUUCCUUCACCGACACUCAAGCUACUCAACCCACCUCCUCAACUACCCAAAUUAGCAAUAUCUCCGGCCAGGCAAAACCAAGGCGUGCUAACACCAGUAGUCGGAGAUUUGUCAUCGGUAGAAGCAGAGGCUUACUCGAACUAGAUGCAGAAGUCGAUACAGUGCUUAGCAGGAGCACGAAACUGAAGAGAAGCAAUGUUAUAAUCAGCGGAGAUAGAAAAAUCGCAAGCAGGAAUGGUACUUUCCAGCUGGGCUUCUUCAGUCUUAAUGGCGAAGCAAGUUGGUAUUUGGGAAUCUGGUAUGCUUCAAUUCCAACUCCCACAUACGUUUGGGUCGCGAAUCGCGAAAAACCCGUUAAGAAUCUCACCUUAUCUUCUCUGGAAAUCAACGAAGAAGGCCAAUUAGUCGUGAGAGAAUCCCCGAGCACAGUCGUCUGGCAAACCACGAACACGGAUAAAGCGACAGCCAUACGUCUUUUAGAGACCGGAAACCUCGUUCUGCUACGGUCCCGGGAGGGUCCACCAGUCUGGCAGAGCUUUGACUACCCGUCUGAUACAUGGCUUCCCGGCAUGAAUCUUACCGGCAAGAAAUUCUUGACUUCUUGGCGAAGUUUGUUUGACCCCGCACCGGGAUAUUACUCUCUUCGGCUGAACCCGGAAGGUUACAACGAGUUCCAGCUCGUUUACAACGCCACCAUUGCGUUCUGGUCCACCGGCAACUGGACCGGCAGUGCUUUUUCCGGUGUUCCCCAGAUGACAAUCCCUUAUAUAUACCGGUUCCAUUUUACAGAUCCGUUCUCCCCGACGGCCUCGUUUUGGUACACAGAGAUUUCUCUUGAGAAGGGGCUAAAACCACCCUUGACAAGGUUUCAAGUAGACGCCAACGGUCAGCUCCAGCAGUACACUUGGUCAACCCAGAUCGAGAACUGGAACAUGUUCUGGUCCCAGCCGGAGGACCGUUGCAGUGUUUACGGUUUAUGCGGCGAUUCGGGGUUUUGUGUUGGUUCAUUGUUGAAGCCUUGUGUGUGUCUCAAUGGUUUUACUCCCAGGGACGGGUACGCUUGGGAUUCUGGGGAUUACUCCGGCGGUUGUCGCCGGGAGAGCGGUGAGUUCUGCGAUGAGAGAGAUGGGUUUCUAAACGUCGGUGCCGUGAAGUUCGACGGAGCAACUAUUGUGUCGUUUCCGGGGAGUAGGAGUUCAUGUGAGAAAUCUUGUUUGAGAAAUUGUUCUUGUGUUGGAUUGUACCAUGAUGGCAAAACCAAUUUGUGCAAGAACUUACACGGGUUGCUAUUGAAUUUGAGGAAUUCGAGCUCCGAUACAACCUACGACGAUGUUCUUUAUAUUAGGGUUCCGAAUGAAGGAAUUAGUAAAAGUAAUGUGUCAAAAUCCAUGGUUUUAGUUGGUAGCAUUGUUGGGUCAAUUGCAUUUUUGGGGAUAACAGUAUUAACCUUGUUGAUUUUGAGGAAGACGAGAAAGAGAAGGAAAGGUAUGGAAGAAGACGUUUUCCCUGUGUUGAAUCUGAAGGUCUUUUCUUACAAAGGGCUUCAAGUAGCAACAAAGGGUUUCUCUGAGAAACUAGGGCAUGGCGGAUUUGGAGCAGUUUUCCGAGGAGAGCUACCGGAUUCUACUCCAGUUGCUGUGAAACGCCUGGAAAGGCCAGGUAGCGGCGAGAAGGAAUUCAGGGCAGAGGUCUGCACCAUUGGUAAUAUUCAACAUGUUAAUCUUGUCAGACUUAGAGGCUUUUGCUCUGAGAAUUCUCAUAGGCUGCUAGUUUAUGAUUACAUGCCAAAUGGUCCUUUGAGCUCGUAUUUGUGCCAUGAAGGUCCUAAUUUGAGCUGGGAGGUUAGAUUCCGGGUAGCAACUGGGACCGCGAGAGGCAUUGCAUAUUUACACGAAGAAUGUAGAGAUUGCAUCAUUCAUUGUGAUAUUAAACCCGAAAACAUACUUUUGGACAGUGAUUAUGUAGCUAAGGUAUCAGAUUUUGGAUUGGCAAAGCUCGUUGGUAGGGACUUUAGUCGGGUUUUGGCCACGAUGAGAGGCACCUGGGGCUAUGUUGCACCAGAAUGGAUCUCUGGUUUGGCAAUUACCACGAAAGCCGAUGUUUAUAGCUAUGGAAUGACAUUGUUGGAGUUAAUUGGCGGACGAAGAAACGUGGAGGCACCACCUCCAUCUGCAGGCAAUGUGAAUUUUGGGGGAUAUGGUGAGAAAUGGUUUUUCCCUCCAUGGGCAGCUCGACAAGUGAUCGAGGGAAAUAUAGCUGCCAUUAUUGACACCAGACUCAAUGGUGCAUACAAGAGUGAGGAGGCAAUGCGGCUGGCAAUGGUGGCAAUCUGGUGCAUACAAGAUGAUGAAGAAAUAAGGCCUGCAAUGGGAAUGGUAGUGAAGAUGUUGGAAGGAGUGGUGGAAAUAGCCAUUCCUCCACCACCUAAACUGAUUCAAGCACUGGUUUCUGGAGAUUCAUAUCAGGGAAUUAAGAUGGAUUCAAACAUGAUGGCCUCGACUGGUGGUGGCUGUUCCGAUUUAAACAUGGGUUUAUCAAGUGCGGGUUCGCGAUCAUCUGGUGGGAAAACCUCUUUUCUUGAUGAUUGAGACACAUUAGAUUAACAAUGUCCAGGACAACUGACCAAAAGCUAAUUUGGUGGAGAUCUUUGUUGUUUGCUAACCUUUGAUUUUAGGGUUUGUUCUUCUUGUUUAAGUACACAAAAGAGAAUAUCUUGUGUAGAUUUCCAUGGCAGAUGUAUAGAGAACUGUUACUUUGUUCU